CGGAAGGGAGGGCGGGAAGGAGGCGGUGCCCGGUUUUGGAUUGAAGGCGAGGGGGCAUCUCUUCCCUUUGCCUCGCUUUGUUGGGAAUUCCAGAAUGGCUUCUACCGCUGAUAUCAUUCAGAAUUAUCAAAGUAUGUUUGCUCAUCGAUACACUACAGAGGAUAAGGAAUACCAAAAAUACCUCCAGUGUUCUGCCAAACCACCUCCUAUAAUUGAAGACUGGAUGGACAGAGACCCGAGUGUGCCGUCUGUGUCGGAGAUCCUCCAGAAUUACGAAAAUAAGUUUGCCCAUCGAUUCACUUCCGAAGACGAGGAGUAUCAGAAGUAUGUUCAACGUCCCGCUGAUCCGCCUCCCUUAGUAGAAGGCUGGCGAAAUAGAUCGAGUGAUAACCAGCGAUACAGAGAUCGAUUCAGGGACAGCCGGCAAUUCCGAAACAGGGGACACCGAUACGACCACCCAGGAGGCUACAGAUCUGAGCAGUGGCACGACAAAGGCUACGGCAGUAACUAUCAUCAGCACCAACACGGGCAGUCGUCCUAUCCUCAACAUGGCUGGCCGCAGCGCGGCUACGGGUCGUAUUUCCAGGAGCCGCGAUACGGCCGCUACUAGCACGCCAGCCUGCCUUGGCAUUUCAAGUGUAAACGAGAGCAGCCGCAGGCUUCCAAAGGGUUCCCUUCGUUUUGUUGUAUUUCAAACGUUCGUACAUCCCGUAGAAAUCUUUUCUGUAUUUAUAUGCAAAUAAGUUUAACCCAGAAGACGAGAGCCGGUGACGUCGGAGGGGAGCAGCUUAGUGGUGAGUUUGUCACUUCGCUGGUUUUCGUCUUGACGUCUGUAAUUUGCUAAGAAGGAAACGGGGCCGCUGGGAGAAUCCGACUUUAGCCUAGGGGAGCUGAUCUUCUCCGAGUCCUGACUCACGCAGCUUUGUUACCAAUGACGAAUAUCGUGAUGAAUAUCGGUAAUAUGUCAUGAUAGGGGGAAAAAAAUACUUGGUUGCUUUUGUGGGUUUUAUUUUGUUUAGGUUCUGGUUUGUUCCUAUGUUUAUCUGUGCAAGGUGAUUACCCUUCCAAGCUUUAAUUUGCAAGCGAUUAAGCUAAAAUGUCACAUAAACAGGGAGAUGAUUGUAAAAAACGUGCUGCAUUUUGAAGGCCUGUUUUGUUUUUGCAUUAAAGCUAAAAUUCGUUAUAAUUAAA